ACCUGAACGUAGCAUUAUUCACAGUUGCUCUGCACGCAUCAUCAUUGUCUCGGUCUCUACACGUGAUCGUGUAUCAUUUGUCGACUAGAACUGCAUUACUUUUUGUAUACGCCUAAUGCUUGAUUAACCCGUAAACGUUACCCCACCCGCUUUAAUGUUAUUCAUGCAUUUAGUACCGCAGGUUUGCUAGCUCGAUUAAGAUUCGCUGAGAUGACUUCCAGCACGCACGUCAUUCAGGUGACAAAUGUUUCCCCGAGCACAACCUCGGAACAAAUGAGGACUCUCUUCGGCUUCCUGGGAAACAUAGAGGAGCUCAAACUCUUUCCACCCGAUGACUCUCCCUUGCCUGUGACUUCACGUGUGUGUUUUGUAAAGUUCCUUGAGUCUGAUUCGGUGGGAGUCUCCCAGCACUUGACCAACACCGUCUUCGUGGACCGGGCCUUGAUUGUGGUGCCGUUUGCAGAAGGAGUCAUUCCUGAUGAAUCGAAAGCUAUGUCGCUGCUGGCUCCGGCCAACGCCGUGGCGGGAAUGAUGCCCGGGGCGGGCCUUCUGCCAACACCCAAUCCUCUGGCUUCUAUGGGAGGCUCGCCGUUUGGUAGUCUCGGCACGCCCAACUUGGAGCAAAUGGCUGCAAUGGGAAUAGCAGGACCGAACAUGAACCCUCAGGCCCUUUCUGCAGACUUUCUGAAGCUCAUGCAGUCCAUGGAUCAAAAGUUGAAUCCACUUGCAGGUGGGCUGAACCUAAAUCCUGGCUUGAAGAACGACAGCUCCAACAAGGAAAUUGAAGAGGCCAUGAAGCGUGUUCGAGAGGCGCAGUCCCUCAUUUCUGCCGCCAUUGAACCUGGGAGUAAGAAAAAUGACAAACGCAAACAUUCUCGGUCCCGCUCACGGUCACGCCGCAGAUGCUCCAGAUCUCGCUCAAAACACCGGCGCUCGCAGAGCAGGUCUCGGAAGAGGUCCCGUUCGAGGAACAGGAGGAGGUCCAAGAGCCCACGGAGGAGGAGGUCCCACUCCCGAGGCAGAAGCCGCCGCAGCAGAUCCAGGGACAGGAAGGAAGAAAAGUCCAAGAAGAGGUCAAAGACGCCACCUAAGAGUUACAGCAGUGCAAGGAGGUCUCGCAGUGUCAACCGUAGAUGUAGGCGAAGCCGCAGUGUAUCCAGGUCCCCCAAAAAACGCUUGACCAGGUCUCCAUCGCCCAGACGAAGGCACAAGAAGGAGAAGAAGAAGGACAAGGAUCGUGAGAAGGAGCGAGAGAGAGAGCGGAGGGAGCACAGGGACCAAAGUAGAGAGCAGAGAGAACGCUCGUCCAGCAAGAAGAAGAGCAAAGACAAAGAGCGAGAGCGUGACCGCAAGUCAGACAGCGACAAAGGCGAUGUGAAGGUGACGCGGGAUUACGAUGAAGAGGAGCAAGGCUACGGCAGUGAGAAAGAAGCGGAGGAAGACGAGGAGAGGAAGAGCGAUUCAGACUCCUCCUCACCCGCAGGACUCGACGAGACGGAGCGAGGCCAAAGCCACGCCCCCAAAAAGUCCAAAGUCAACGAAGAUGAUCACCACCAGGAAGACAUGGAAAUGAGCGACUAAGAUUCCCAUUUACAGGAAGGACAUUUUUAAUGUAGGCAACAACGUAUCUGUGCCUGAUCAAUUGAAGUACAAUGUGUGGUAUUAACUGUAAACAGCAAGGUGUACAAUGAAGGACUGUAAUAUAUAUAAACACGGUCAUUGUUUUAAAAAUUAUUUUGUCCUUUUUGUGCUUGGUGUCAGUUUUCAAUGAAAUCUCCCUAAAUGUCAGGAUGAUUUAUCUUGACACAGUCGUACUCCUUUUCCCCUCACUAUUCAGCGUUACCCAUCACACAUCCAGUUCCGUUUACACUUUCAGUCCUUAAUACGUGUGCAUUGAAGUAUAAUGCAAAGGAAAGUAAUAAACCGUGUGAAAACUGUCACCGAGUGUGCGCGUGGUUUGAUUUACGUCCUUCACAAAAGAACAAACCAGAGAAUUAAGAGAUUUGUUUUCUUUAAAAACAUCUAUAUACAAAAAUAGCAACUUCCACCAUAUUACAAUCCAAUGUGUUGGAUCAAGUCAGGUGACAAAAUGGGGGG